AAGCUUAAGCUAGUUCAUGUGUCGUGAUUCACACCGACACAAAGUUGAACAGCAAUUCAUAGUUAAUUUAACUGGAUUAACUUAAUUAUGGUAUUUUCUCAGUCUACUUGAACUUCUCCACUACUGACUGGCCUGGUGGAGUCAAGCGUGCAUUACACUAAUCUCCAUCUUUAAAUUAUUAUUUACAAUAUUACAAUUGGGAAAUCCCAACAGUUUUACAUAAAAACAAAAAUUCAUUCAUGCCUGAUCACAAUAAUUGUGAUAAUCACAUGUAUAAAAAUAAUCUUCUGAGAAAUUAACUAAUUUUGUUUAACGUUGGUGUAAUUGGUGCUGCUUCCAAAAUCCAAAUUUAGCGUGACUUUGUUAGUUAAAGGGCAAAAUGUCAAUUGCUCGGAAAAACCUCGUCUCCCUUUUCAUCAGACCAAAUACCUCAUCCGUCAAUAGUACUACUUCUCUGCUCUCUUUUCAUUAUCAUCGUAAACAAUCUGAUAGUACGACAGCGACUGCUCUAAAAGGGUCAAAUCCAGGAGGGUCGACAGAUAAAAAGCAUCAAGAAUUCAAGGAUGGGCCUGAUCUCUCAGAUUUCAUUUCCGGAACUGUUGCAAGUGGCGAAACAUGGGAGGGUUAUAAAGGAAAGUUGAAACGUGAAAAAGGUGAAUCAGAACGACUCCGACUGCCUCCUUGGCUCAAGACGGAGAUUCCAAUGGGAAAGAAUUACGCCAAGUUGAAGGAAACUUUACGAGGUCUAAAUCUCUCUACAGUUUGCGAAGAGGCACGUUGUCCAAAUAUUGGUGAAUGUUGGGGUGGAGGGCCCGACCAGGUGGCCACUGCUACAAUCAUGUUGAUGGGAGAUACUUGUACCCGUGGCUGUAGAUUCUGUUCAGUCAAAACAUCUCGAGCUCCACCCCCACUUGAUCCGAAUGAACCGGAACACACUGCCAAAGCAAUAGCGGCGUGGGGUCUAGACUAUGUCGUUCUAACUUCAGUGGAUCGAGACGAUUUACCAGACCAAGGAUCACAUCAUAUAGCCUCCACUGUGGAACAUCUCAAAAAAGAAAUCCCAAAACUAUUGGUGGAAGUACUGUCGCCAGAUUUUCGUGGAAACGUUGACCAUGUCGGCAAUGUGGUGCGAUCUGGACUAGAUGUGUUUGCCCAUAAUAUUGAAACUGUGGAGAGACUCACACCAUUUGUCAGGGAUCCAAGGGCAAAAUACAGACAAACCCUGAGCGUUUUAGAGCAUGCCAAGCAAAUUGUGCCCAGUCUCGUUACAAAGUCCUCAAUCAUGCUAGGGCUUGGGGAAUCAGAUGAAGAAGUACUCCAAACAAUGACAGAUCUCCGCACAUCUGGAGUUGAUUGCGUCACACUAGGGCAAUACAUGCAACCUACGAAGCGUCAUCUAAAAGUUGUAGAAUAUGUGACGCCAGAAAAGUUUAAGCAUUGGGAAGAUGUCGGAUCUCAGUUGGGAUUUCUCUACACCGCCAGUGGACCACUUGUCCGUAGUUCUUACAAAGCUGGUGAAUUUUUUAUCAGCAAUAUCAUUGAAGCGAGAAAAAACUCUACCAAUGAGUCAUCUACCUGAAGUCAAAUAUAGUCAUGAAAGAUAUUACGCAAUUUUACGAAAUAAAUAUAUAUUUUAAAUUUGUACAAAAAUA